GCCCGGCCCCUCACAAGACUGAGACCGACUAGCGAUCACUAAUCGCCCGAACCCUAAUCGCUGUCUCCCGCCCUCUCGCUCUCAGUGUCUCUCGGCUUCUCUCAACCUCUCGCACGGCGUCCCUAAAUCGCGCCCCCUCGACGCCUCUCACCAUCGCGUACGUCGACCCCGUAUUCCGGCGACGAAGUCGAAGUUCAUCACACGGGGACUCUGCUAGAUGGGACCAAGUUCGAUUCGAGCAGCGAUCGUGGGACGCCACUCAAAUUCAAGCUCAGUCGAGAUGAGGAACUAAAGGGGCCAACCUCCGGGACGUUCAGAACUGCGUUUUCUGUUCCCAACGGUGUCCCCAAUCGCACGCCUCGACAGCUGGGUCCAAAGCACAACAAGAAUGACUUCAAGCAUGGAUAGUAGCAGUUCCAAUACACGACCACCUACAUCUAGCAAUGAAGAUUUAAAUAAACCACUAUGGAGGUAUAUUACUAAGUUAGCUAAUCAUAGCGAUGCGGGGGGAAAUUUGUCUUGGAAAUGCAAUUUUUGUGAAAAAGAUUUUAAGAGUUCAUACACGAGAGUUAGAGCCCAUUUGUUGAUGAUAAGUGGAAAAGGAAUUGGAAAAUGCGGAAAAGUAGAAAAAGAGGAUCUUUUGGAGAUGGAAAGAUUAGAUGAGGAGGCCAAUACUAGAUUAAUGAGUAGUUUUAGUGGUGGUGGUGGGUUGGAUUCAUCGUUUGACUCCAAAAAAAGGAAGAUCGGAGGUGGGAGUGGAGGAAAGAAGGUAUUCAACAUGACUCAACAUGAACGUUUAGAUUAUGAGAUUGCUAGGAUGUUCUAUUCGGCGGGCUUGCCUUUUAACCUAGCAAGGAACCCUUACUUUCAAUCCGCUUUUACUUAUGCUGCCAAUCAUAAUAUUGCGGGGUAUGUUCCACCGAAAUAUAAUUUGUUGAGGACCACUUUGUUGCAAAAAGAGAAGGCAAAUAUUGAUAGGAUGUGUGCAACUUUUAGGAGCAUGUGGAGGGAGAAGGGUGUAAGUAUUGUGAGUGAUGGAUGGAGUGACUCACAGAGGAGACCAAUUAUUAAUCUUAUGGCGGUGUCGGAUGGAGUUGCUAUGUUUAUAAAAUCGGUUGAUUGUUCGGGAGAAACAAAAGAUAUGCAUUUCAUUUUUAACUUAUUGAAAGAAGUGAUCAAUGAAAUUGGGCAUGAGAAUGUGAUCCAGGUAAUUACGGAUAAUGCUUCAAAUUGUAAGGGCGCGGGACAACUCAUUGAGCAAGAAUUUCCAUCUAUUGUUUGGAUGCCUUGUGUGGUGUACACCCUUAAUCUAGCUUUGAAGAACAUUUGUGCGGCAAAGAAUGUGGAGACCAAUGAAGUAGUUUAUGAGGAAUGCAAUUGGAUUUCGGAGAUCAUUGGGGAUGUUAUGCAAAUCAAACAUUUCAUCAUGAGUCAUUCCAUGAGAUUAGCAAUAUAUAAGGAGUUUGUUAACUUGAAGUUGCUUUACGUAGCGGAUACACGUUUUGCUUCGAUGAUUGUUAUGCUCGGGAGGUUUAAGUUAAUAAAAGGUGGUCUUCAAAGGAUGGUUAUUUGCGACAAAUGGAAUAUCUAUCGAGAUGAUAAUCAAGGGAGGGCUAAGCUUGUCAAGGAAAAGGUGUUGGAUGAUUUUUGGUGGGAUUCAAUUGAUUAUAUACUUUCUUUCACGGCUCCUAUUUAUGACAUGCUUAGAACUUGUGACAACGACAAGCCUUGUCUUCACUUAGUUUAUGACAUGUGGGGUUCAAUGAUAGAAAAAGUGAAGAAAGCUAUAUAUGUGCAUGAAGGGAAAAGACUAGAUGAGGACUCUACAUUUUAUGAGGUGGUUCAUACCAUUCUUGUGGAUCGUUGGACUAGGAACAACACUCCACUUCAUUGCUUGGCGCAUGCCUUGAAUCCUAAGUACUAUAGUGAUCAAUGGCUCAAUGAAGAUCCUACUCGAGUUUCUCCACACAAGGAUAAAGAGAUCAACCAAGAAAGACUAAAAUGCCUUAGGAAAUACUUUCCUAACUUGGAUGAGCGCAACAAGGUGAAUUUGGAGUAUGUAGAUUUUGCGUGUAAAAAUGGGUAUUUUAGAGAAUUCGAUUCCAUUCAAGAUCGGUAUUCUAUGGAUCCUAAGGGUUGGUGGGUUAAUCAUGGUGCAUGUGCACCUAUGCUUCAAAGCAUAGCCUUAAAGCUUCUUACACAACCUUCUUCUGCAUCUUGUGCCGAGAGGAAUUGGAGUAAUUACUCGUUUGUGCACUCGGUGAGAAGAAAUAAGAUGACCCAAAAACGUGGAGAAGAUUUGGUUUUCAUUCACAACAACCUUCGUCUUCUAUCAAGAAAAAGCCCACAAUAUGCAGAAGGAGAGACCAAGAUGUGGGAUAUUGGCGGGGAUGCAUUUGACACAUUUGAGGAUGUUGGGGUGCUUGAAGUUGCGAGUCUUUCACUUGAUGAGCCGGAGAUGGAGUCCGUUGUUUUUUCGGAAGGCGUAGAUAAUGUAGAUGAAUGACUUCUUAUUAUAUUAGAUGUGAAAUGUGGAUUUUUUUUUUGGACUUAUUACUAGAUGAUAAAUUUAAUGUUGGAAUGUGAAUUGCUUUUUU